AUGUUUUUUUUAUAUGUGCUUGACAUUUCAUUUCAGAAAGCAGAUGUACAACCUACAGACGAAGGGCCUGUGAUUAUGAAGCCUGGCAAAUCUGUAUCAAUCAAAAUUUUAGCCAAACCUGGUGCUAAAGACAAUUUUAUCACAGGUUAUGAAGACGACGGUGUAGGCGUUCAAAUAUCUGCCCCAGCAGUGGACGGAGAAGCCAAAACAGACCUUGUUAAAUAUAUGGCCAAAGUAUUGGGUAUCAGAAAGUCGGAUAUAUCACUAGACCUGGUCAACACUUUCAUUUUACUAUAG